AUGGAGCCAGCACAGAUUCCCAUGAUUGCAAUGAUUAAUCCAAGUGAGAGUGCAAGGAAAUCUCCAAAGUCAAAGCCCCCACUUGCUGAGACAAAUGGAAGUGCACUCAAGAUUUCAAUCACCACCAAAGCCACUACCCUGAUCAUGAUUUUCAUCAACAACGAAUGGCAGAAAAGUGCAAAAGGAAAAACUUUCCCAACAGUGAAUCCAGCUACUGGGGAAGUCAUCGCACAUAUUCAGGAAGGAGAUAAGGAGGAUGUGAAUCAAGCAGUGAAAGCUGCCAAAGAAGCAUUUCGUCUGGGAUCACCAUGGCGAACCAUGAAUGCAUCUGAACGAGGAAGGCUUUUGAAUAAGUUGGCUGACCUUAUGGAGAGGGAUCGUGCCUACUUAGCUGCUAAAUCUUUUUGCAUCGCAAAUAUGACUCCUCCCGGUGCAGAUAUGGCAUCGAAACCCAGCCGAGAAGCUGUGAUUUACAUGUUUCAGCAAGGUCAUUCACCUGUAAAGAUCAUCAAGGAGCUGAAAAUGCCACGAUCCACCGUGUACAAAGCCAUUGCCCACUACAAGGGACUUGGUACAACUCAGGAUCAACCCAGAAGUGGCCAUCCCAGUAGCUUGGAGACAUUGGACAAUGGGAAACCUUUCUCUGAUGCAUACAAAAUUGACCUGAACCUCACAAUCAAGUGCCUGCGGGGGAUGGGGUCUUCUGCACUUGGUGCCCUCAAGUCCCUCUUCAGUGACCUUGUGACAUUAGUGGGAGAGUUGGAGAGGGGGAGCUCUUUCUUUGCCAUAUCCUGCAGAGGAAAUGUUGUGGUGAUGAAACCAGCUGAACAAACUCCACUUUCUGCCCUCUAUGUGGCUGAGUUGAUCAAGGAAGCUGGAUUUCCUCCUGGUGUUGUGAACAUCAUCCCAGGCUAUGGACCCACUGCAGGAGGAGCCAUUGCAUCCCAUAUGGGUGUCGACAAGGUGGCAUUCACAGGAUCAACUGAAGUUGGUCAUCAUAUCAUGGAGGCUGCUGCCAAGAGCAAUCUGAAACGGAUCACCCUAGAAUUGGGUGGAAAAUCACCCAACAUAGUCUGUAGUGAUGCAGACCUGGAUCAUGCCAUUGAGACAUCCCAUUUUGCCUUAUUUUUCAACCAAGGCCAAUGCUGUUGUGCAGGGUCACGGAUCUUUGUUGAAGAGAAGAUUUACAAUGAGUUUGUUGAAAGAAGCGUAGAACGAGCCAAGACACGCAAAGUUGGUGAUCCCUUCCAGGAAGGAGUAGAACAUGGCCCUCAGAUUGAUGGUGAACAAAUGUCUAGGAUUAUGGGCCUCAUAGAAUGUGGGAAGAAGGAAGGUGGUAAGCUCCUGACGGGUGGAAAUCGUAUUGGGGAGAAGGGAUUUUUCAUUGAACCAACUGUAUUUGCUGAUGUCACUGAUGACAUGACUAUAGCCCGAGAAGAGAUCUUUGGCCCUGUGCAGCAGAUCCUAAAAUUCAAAUCCAUGGAUGAGUUGAUAGAACGUGCCAAUAAGACCAUUUAUGGCCUAGCUGCUGCUGUCUUCACCAAGGACAUUGAGAAGGCUCUUUUUCUCACCCAGGGACUUCGUGCUGGCACAGUCUGGGUGAACUGCUAUGAUGUCCUUGAAGCUCAGGUCCCUUUUGGUGGGUACAAGAUGUCUGGAAUUGGUCGGGAGCUUGGGGAAUAUGGCUUAGAUGCCUACAGGAAGGAGAUGGAGGAAGAUGAUACAGGCCUCCCCAAUAAUGGAAAAUGUGAUGGAGAAGACUUGAACCAGUGUCCUACAGUCCCUAGCCCAAUGACAAGUUUAGGCUUGUCUGAGGUUUUGGGGAGGAAGUUUGAGAAGGACAUUGUUCUCAACCUCAAGGUUGAAAGUGAUGAUGGGAAAAUGGAUGUUUGUGACUUGUCUGUGAAGACUGAGCGGUGCUUGCCACCUGUUGAAGAAGUGAAAUGUGAUCAGAUGGUUCCAGUCUGCAAUGGGAAUGACAGAACAGUGAAAAAGGAAGAGAUAGGAGAGAGCUUUGCAUUUCAGAUGGAUGAUAUGGAUGAGAAGCAACCAGAAAAAGAAGAGACUAAGCACAAUCAACAGUUGGACAAAUUAGUGGAGGAUGAUGAAGAUAAUGAACCAGAAGAUGAAGAAGAACAAAACAGUGAAGGUGAUGAGAAGGAGGAGGAAAAUGAUAAUGAAGAUGACCAAGUUGCCGAUUCUGAUGAGUCUAUGAAGGAUGAAAGUGAGGGAGAAGAAAGGAGUGAUAGUGAUGAUAGUGACCAGGAGGAUGACUCUGAUAGUGAAGAAGAGGAGGAAGAUGAAUCUGUACAGGAAGAAGGGAAUGAAAUGAGCAAAGUGAGGAAACGUAAGCAUUCAAGAGAUAAGACCCUUUCAGGUGAACAUGAAGAGAUGAAGGAUGCACAUAAGAAAAAGGAAAGGCGAGGCAAGAAACGCAAGAAGAAGGAAAAGAAAGGCUGGAUGCGCAAGAACAUCAGGAAACUGAUUAAGGAAACAGAGUUAGAUGAGGAGACUCUUGCAGCCCAGAAAGAAGAAAGGGAAAGACAAAGACGUCUUCUAGAAGCCAAGAGAAAGUCAUUUGGGCCUGAUAUUAUGAGGCACAUGCUCAAUGAACUUGACCAGAGGUUGACCAAGGCUUCAUUGUUACAGGUGACAAUAAAAGAAGAGCCAAGCCAGGAUGAAAUUCCUGAGGUUGAUCUUGGUGAUUCAGUGAAGAAAAAGAAAAAAGGUGAUGUCAUAGAAAUUGGUAGCAGUGAUGAAGAGGGGGAAGAUGAAAUCCAACUGGUGUCUGAGAUCAAUACUUCCACUGAGGAAGAGGAGGAUUAUGGAAAUUCUGGUGCUCAUGUGAAUGAUGCCUUUAAUCAACCUGAUGAGUUCGGAAGGGUUAUUGUCAAUGUUGGUCACCCUGAUGGAGAUCCUGACAUCUUCCUUGCACCUCAAAUUGCACGUGCAGUCAAGCCACAUCAGAUCGGAGGCAUUCGAUUUCUGUACGACAACAUUGUUGAGAGCUUGGAUAGGUAUUCUGACAGCAAUGGGUUUGGCUGCAUUUUAGCACAUUCUAUGGGACUUGGCAAGACACUUCAGGUUAUACUUGAGUGGAAAAGUCUUGGUGGAGUUCUGCUGAUGGGUUAUGAGAUGUACCGUCAUCUGGUCUCUAGGAAAGCUCUACACACUGGCAAGCGAAAGAAAAAGAAUUUGGGGUUCCUGCCAACAGAUAUAGAGGAGGAAGCACGAAAUCGACAGUUGUUGGAAGAGGUGAUCUGUGCAUUGAACAAACCUGGUCCUGAUCUGGUUGUGUGUGAUGAAGGCCAUCGCAUAAAGAACAUCCAUGCCAGCAUCUCUCAGUCCCUAAAGAGUAUUCGUACACGUCGACGAAUGGUUCUUACUGGUUACCCCCUUCAAAACAAUCUCUUGGAAUACUGGUGCAUGGUAGACUUCGUUCGCCCAAACUACUUGGGAACCAAGACUGAAUUCAGCAACAUGUUUGAGAGGCCAAUUCAAAACGGUCAGUGUGUUGACAGCACCCCGAGUGAUGUUCGUCUCAUGCGCUACCGUGCGCAUGUUCUUCACUCUCUUGUUCAAGGCUUUGUACAAAGGAGAGGACAUGAUGUUCUCCAGUCUCAUCUUCCCCAAAAAGAAGAAUGGGUGUUGUUGAUUCGCAUGACUCCCCUGCAGAGGAAACUCUACCAAGCUUUCCUCAUGGACCUAGAGGAUUCAGGGACCAUGACCAAUCCCAUCCGUGCCUUCUCUGUUUGUUGCAAAAUCUGGAACCAUACUGACAUCCUCUAUAACUUCCUCUGCAAGAAGGAAAAAGGGGAGGAUCCUGACAUGGAGGAACUUGGCAUGGAUUUCUCCAAGACAAGAAAUGAACAACCUACUUCCAGUGGAGACUCUGCUUCAAACAACAAUCAAGUUGCUAGCCCUCGCAUGUCACAGGAUGAGAAGAGCCAGAGCACAAGCUUGGUAUCUUUCCGUGACAAAGGAGAUGCUCAGAUCAACUAUGACUGGGCCAUCCCCAUCUUCCGUGGCUAUUCAAGUGGACUAAUAGAGAGCUCUUACAAGAUGGAGAUUGCUUUCUACAUCAUUGAGAAAAGUCUGGAAAUGGGGGACAGGGUCCUUCUUUUCUCACAAUCGCUUCUCACUCUCAACCUGAUUGAGGACUUUCUUCAUAGGAGAACUGUUCCCAAGCUCUCUGAAAAAUGGACUCGUAACAUAAACUAUUUUCGUUUUGCUGGAGCAUGGGCCAAUUUUUAUGAUUGGAUGGGUGAAUUCACAGGUUUGGAUGGAAGCACAGCUGCACUUGAACGAGAGAAGCUCAUCAAUGAGUUCAAUAACAAUUCCAACAUUCACCUCUUCCUUGUGUCUACUCGGGCUGGGAGCCUAGGAAUCAACCUAGUUGGUGCAAAUCGAGUUAUUGUCUUUGAUGCCUCCUGGAAUCCAUGUCAUGAUACUCAAGCUGUCUGCCGCAUUUAC